CUAGGGGCGGUGGGAUGCGGCCCCUCCCCGCAGCUCUGCCCGGGGCGAGGCGGCCGAGUUGAGCAGCUGCUGGCCCCGCCUCCCCCCAGCGCUCACCCGGCUCCGCCGCGGCAGCACCUGGCCGCCGCUUCCCACGCGGUGCCCCGGCGGCAGCGGCCAUGGCUCGGGGUCCCGGCUGGGUGGCGGCCGCGCUGCUGCUGCUGCUGCGGGCGCCCGGGGCGGAGACCGGCUGGGCCGAGGUGGGGCGCUGCUGCCGGGGCCGAGACCUGGCUUGUGUCAGCACCGGCUGGGGACCGGACCGAUCGCACGGCGCCUGCUACUGCGACCAGGCGUGUGCCCGCACCAUGGACUGCUGCCACGACUACCCGCAGGCCUGCCCAGAGGUGCCCUGUGCUGUAUCUGAGUGGAGCAACUGGAGCAGCUGUGCAGAGCCUUGUCAGGCAACGUACCGAGUUCGGAGGAGAUAUGUCGUGCAGGAGCCUAGAAAUGGAGGCGAGACGUGUCCUCCUCUGGAGGAGAAGGCUGGAUGCGUGGAGUACUGGAACCAGCAAGGAGCUGAGUGCAAACAGUCCCUUAUUCCGGCAUUAAUAACCACAGGAGGUUAUGGGAAAGCAAGGAAAAAGAGAGCUGCAUCCAAGGAAAAUGAAGGAGCGGGGUAUUGUGUCGAAUUCCAGCUCAUGGCCAUCACAGAAGGCUGUUUGCAGGGAAACAGUUCCUAUACUCAGUGGAUGCGGUAUCUCAGCAAAGGGCACACAGUCUGUGUGGAGUGCCAGCAUCCAGCCCUGGAUUCCAAAAGCCUGCACUGCUCUGGGGAUGGCAGUGGAAGCAAAAAGAACCAGCUGCUGCACUGGCAGGCCAUGGGGAAUCCCUGGUGCAGAGGAACCUGGAGGAGAGUUCGCCAGCUGGACACUUGUUCCUGUCCUUCUGUUCACAGCUUCUUGUUCAUCUGACUCUUCGGAACUGGCCUUCGCGCCCCUGAGCCUAAGUCAUGUGAUCAUGGUUUGGCAUGAAGUUUGAAAGUAACAGCCCCAGCUGACCUUCUGAUCAGUCAGUAAAGCCCCUCAUGGACUGCUUCACCUGCCGAAGCUGAAGCUAAAACCCCUUCAUAUCCACCCACACUCUGGGCUUGUUAUGUCGUGGGGAGUUUCAGAGUAUAGGAAGAAAUCAGUGGAAAGGCAGAGAGCUGGAGUAGGUGCAAGUGUCCAUUUUAUUGCAUAGCACAAAACUCACUAGAACAAGCCCAGACUAGCUGGGCUGACCCCAGUGACCUACUCAGUUACCAUAACAACAAGAUCUAUAUCUACAACCCAAUAUACAACAGGGCUCUCUGAAGAAGACUGGCUGACCAAGUCACUUUGUCUCUGUCCCCACGCUUCCUUCGAUGAACGUCCUGAGCUUCAGAGCAGCCAUGCUGACCUUGACCAUGUCAGUUGUCUUCUCUUCUUCCAAGUCCCUCCUUCCCUGAGACUUGCCAGUGAGAGCCCACCAAAUACAAGAAUUCAAAAAAGAAUUAACAUAUGUGUAUUGUUAAAAAACCCAGCUAAGCAGCCAGCCAGAGACAUGCAAAAUGAGUCUGUUCAAACUGCCUUCUGUCCAUAUUGAUAAUAACCCAUUGUCUGGAGGGCUAGCACCUCCCUCCCCCUCAUGGUUUUGUUAUUGAAUGUGGGGUUCUUGGUCUCACAUAAGGGCCAAUUUUGUACCUCUUGAAAUUUGGGGCAAAGCUCUGAUUGCCUUCAAUGAGAGAAGGUUUGUGUCCUUAGGGCUGAUCCUGAAGGGUGCUUGGUGCCUUUUAGGUGUUAUUGGGCACUCUGUUCACAUUUAGGUAUGUAUUUAUGAAUGGGUUUAGAUGACAGGGUUGCUUGCAGAAGCAAGGGGCUGGACUUGUUGACUCAGUCCUUUCAGUCCUAUGUGGGUUUAUGGCAAAGUUUCCAUUUCAGGGUCAGGCCUGUUGAACUCAGUGGGAGCUGAGGCUUCCAUAGAGCUUGGAGUCCUUUGAUUUCAGGCUUCAAGGAAGAUGCACCAUGUUAUAUUAACUAUCUGUGGAGCACUUAGAACACCUCUGGGGUGCAUCUCAUGUCACGGUUCCGUUUUCUUUGCACAUUGAACUGUUUGAAGUAUUUUCUUUAUAAUCAGUUUUGAAGCUUUCCUGUAGUGAAUAAAGAGAAUCUGGAGACAUUUGAA